UAUUUAAAUUUCUACGAGACAAUAAUUUUCCACGUUCGACGGUUGGCCGCCUGGCCAUAGGUAGGAACGAAAUAUGUCCAAGACGGUGCUCAACAGUCACGGCCAGAUGGCGGCUUCGGCGGCUCUUCGGGCUCCGCUGUGGCGCCCCGUGGUGCUGCACUAUCCGAAAAAGCUGCUCCCCCACGGACAGAUGCGUCGUCGGGAGCCGGCUAUUGACUACCCGGCCUCCUACCAGUCAUCCAAGCUGCGCUGCGGCCUGACGCAGCCUUACGCCUUCGACCAUGGCCGCCCCGGCCAGUACUGCCCGGAGUGUCAGUGCAACAAGGACAGGAACCAUGGUGGCGGUGGUGGCAGGGGUGGGGGUGACGGUGACAUGGACGAUACUGUGUCCCAGUGCUCGCGAGUGUCCAGGGCUUCAAAGCGCUCCAUACGUUCCACAAAAUCCAAGCGCGACGACGGCGAUGGCGAUGCUCCCCUCAGCCAUCGCAGUGAUACCUCUGUAAAGACCGUGAUAUCUACGGCCACACUGAAGAGCGGACACAGCAAGAGAUCGCCAUCCCAGGAGACGGUCAAAUCCUGUGCCACAGUCAAGUCAAGUGCUUCGAUCAAGUCGAACUCCAAGGCAGACACAGUCCGGGCCAAGGCAAGCCGUCACUCCCAAAGCGACAUAAUGCCACACCCCCACCCAGGCCCCAAGCAGCCCCCGAAGGAGGCACAGACUGGAUACGAGAACUACGCUCCCAUGACGAGCGCGGAGCGCAAGGCUGCCCUCGACGAGGCCCGAUUCAAGUACGACAAGCUGAUCGCCGAGUACAACCAUCUGCCGGUGUCGGUGCCGACGCUGCGCGUGCGCAACCGCAAGAUCGACAUCGAGCGGGAGCUGGACGAGCUGGACUACAACAUCAACAUGUUCGACCAGCCGAACAUCAACGUCUACUACCGUCGUUAG